UCCAGCCUCACUCUGACGCAUUCGCAUAUCUGGUCCUCAGCAGCAUUUUGGGGACUGAUGAAGAUGCUCGAGACUCUUCUUCAGCAGUGAUGGCUGCUUUCAGCCCCCCUGCCCCUUUCCUCUGUGUGCUGCUGUGUGUUUCGGUGGCUCUGCAGCGAUCUGACUUGCACCUGGCUUAUGUAACCCACAACAGCUUUUUGUACUACUCCUGCAGCCAGGACCCACAACCCUGCAGCAUCUCAUCGCUUACAGAUUGCGUAUGCAAGGACAUCCAGCUCUCCACACUGCACCGCCUGCAGUCGCACUUGUCUCCUGUUUUCCAGAUGAGACGCUUAACCGUUUGGUUCACGUCACCGUCAAAUGCAGCACGUCUGCUCAACAACUCAGAGGUGAGGCACCUCACACUGAUCUAUUGCGGAUCCAGUGGGAUGCCUCCUUUUAAUCCGGAGGGAUAUUUUGCCGUGCACCACCUGGAGAGGCUGACGGUGGUCAACCUGCCACAGAAGCCAUUUUAUCCCUAUCCAGAUUUGAACAGAGCCAAGACUGGAGACCCAGACAGAGAAAACAAUGCUGACUUAGACACAAAUAGGUACAACACAGAAAUAGACACAAAUCUGGACUUAAGGAGAGAUUAUUUAAGUCUGUCUCCAGCACAGGUCCAAGACAUCUUCCUGGGCAGGGAGCUCGGAGCAGAGUAUUAUGAACAAGCCAGACUGGGAAUCAUCCACAAAUCAGUGCUGGAGGGGGGAGCAGUGGUUAAAGCAUACACAGUAAAGACACACAUAGACAGCAGUGGUGCGCUGCCUUUCCCUGAACUCCACCUGCCGAAAUUGCCAGAGACAUCUGUCAUAUAUGUCACUUUUGUCUACUGAUAAAAAAAAUAGUUUAAUCUCUUUUAAAAGCAGGAUUUCAGUCAUUUGAAUUAGUGGUGAAAAUGUCCACGUUUCUUGGAAACUGAAUGCAUUUGAAAGAGUUUACAUUUGUUUUUGCAUUCUUGUCCUGGGAAAAAGUUUUGGUUCACUAACUUUAAUCACAUCAGGCGGCCCAAGAGUUUGCACAGUUGUUUAAUUGUGUGUUAAAAUAGGCCAAUCACAGAGUUUUGCUGUUUCUAUGUUUAUGCUGAAGGCAACGGUUAGAAAGUACAAUCUGUUUCCUUCCUGUGUUAGCCAGCCGACCAAUAUUUACUCUUUUGUUUCCUAUGCAGUGCUGUGAAAAAAUAUUUGCCCCUUCCCGAUUUCU